AUGUCACUAUUUGGGAAGCAAGGUAAUAGUCUCGACGAACUUCUCAACCGACCACGCCCAUCAGCCUGGCAGCAGUUUAUGAAGCAGCCAUGCAUCUUUCUCGCGCGCAAGCUUUACACUUGGCAGAGCACAAUCGCUGCCCAGCCAGUCAAAGACCCUGUCUCAAUCGUAUGCAUCUCCGAUACACAUAAUUCCCAACCUUCUCUUCCGGACGGCGACAUUCUUAUCCACGCAGGGGACCUGACUCAAUCAGGGUCAUUGAAAGAACUACAAGUGACACUGAACUGGCUACGCGCACAGCCGCAUGCAACGAAGAUAGUCAUCGCUGGAAAUCAUGACCUAUGUCUUGGUUGGGAUAUUAACCGUCUAAAAGCGGAGGACGAAACUCCCGACUGGGGAGAUAUAGUCUAUCUCCAAGACUCAGAAGUGUCCAUCACCUGUAACAAUGGCCGUCAUCUAAAUAUUUACGGCAGCCCCUACUCACCACGUCACGGUAACUGGACUUUCCAGUAUUCUCGUUCUGAGGACUUCUGGGGCGGCAGGGUACCAGCUAACAUCGACAUACUCAUAACACACACCCCACCACGCGCCCAUCUAGACUUGCUCAAUCUCGGCUGUACAUAUUUAUUGCGCACGCUCUGGCGUGUUCGUCCCCGCUUGCAUGUCUUUGGACAUGUACAUGAAGGCGCUGGGACCGAGUGGCUGCAGUUCGAUGCGCUGCAAAGUGCGUAUGAACGCACUGUUGUCGCUGGAGGCGGUAUAUGGAAUGUUAUCUAUACGAUGAAAGAGUUUGUGGGGAAUUGCUUUCGUCCUACCACCGAAGCUAAGUGUCUACUUGUGAACGCAUCCAUCGUGGGUGGUCUCCGGGAUCACGAGCGCCGACAGCCUGUCAAACUGUUCAUUUAG